UUGAUAAGACUGAAUAUUAUCAAUUAAUCAUAAAAACCAUAUUUACCUAGUCGUGCCGUGCAUUUUUAAUCGCUAACGCUAAAUUUAAAAGAGAAUGCCGAAUAUAAAAGUGUUUAGUGGUACAUCGCACCCAGAUUUGGCACAAAAAGUUGUAGAUCGCUUAGGUAUAAAUCUAGGAAAAGCUGUGCUAAAAAAAUUCAGUAACAAAGAAACAUGUGUAGAGAUAAAAGAAUCCGUGCGAGGAGAAGAUGUUUACAUUAUUCAAAGUGGAUGUGGUGAAGUUAAUGAUAAUCUUAUGGAAUUGCUGAUCAUGAUAAAUGCAUGCAAGAUUGCAUCUGCUUCAAGAGUGACAGCAGUUAUACCAUUAUUUCCUUACUCCCGUCAAGAUAAAAAAGAUAAACUGAAUCAAAGUGGAGGAGCAAGUGCAAGUCGUGCACCAAUUUCUGCUAAGUUGGUGGCAAACAUGUUGUCCGUUUCAGGUGCUGACCAUAUAAUAACAAUGGAUUUGCAUGCUUCUCAGAUACAGGGUUUCUUUGAUAUACCAGUUGAUAAUUUAUAUGCUGAGCCUGCAGUUUUAAAAUGGAUCAGAGAAAAUAUACCUGAAUGGAGAAACAGUAUAAUUGUGUCACCUGAUGCUGGUGGAGCAAAAAGAGUAACUGCAUUAGCUGACCACUUGAAUGUAGAAUUUGCGUUGAUUCACAAAGAAAGAGAGAAAGCGAAUGAGGUGUCCUCUAUGGUGUUGGUAGGUGACGUGAAAGACAAAAUUGCUAUUUUAGUAGAUGAUAUGGCUGAUACUUGUGGAACAAUAUGUCAUGCAGCAGAUAGACUUAUGGAAGCUGGAGCUCAAAAGGUUUAUGCUAUUCUCACCCAUGGUAUACUAUCAGGUUCUGCCAUAUCAAGAAUAAAUAAUGCAGUGUUUGAAGCAGUAGUAGUCACGAAUAGUAUCCCUCAAGAUUUACACAUGACUGAAUGCCCGAAAAUUCAGUGCAUAGAUAUUUCAAUGAUAAUUGCUGAAGCUAUUCGUCGAACUCAUAAUGGAGAAUCCAUAUCUUAUCUUUUCAGUCAUGUUCCCAUGUAGUACCUUCAUUUGAAAGAAAAUUUCAUUGAAAAUAUAAAUUUAAACAAGGCCAUUAAAAGAUCUGUGAUACUAUAAACUGCUUGCCAAACAGUAAUUUAUCAUUGAUGCUAAUUAUUCUUAUGUACUUAAAAAUAAAUAUCUAUUUUUGGGUAUGUUAUAAUCUAUAAAAAAUUUAAAAGAAAUACUAAAAUAUUUUACUAUGCAUAGAAUUGUGAAGAAGUGAACGUGAUUUGCACAAUUAUGUGAAGAAAACAAAUGAAUUUAUAUUUUAAAUAAACUUGUGAAUCAUUAUAAGUUAUACUGAGAAAUCUUUUAAAAGUUUUUAGCUGUAUUUAAAGUAUAAAAAUACGAGCCAAUCAUGUUAUCUUUGUUAUGAUUAAGUAUUAAUAACUUAGAACAACAGUUUCAAAUUGUUAGCUAUGCAUGCUGAGAAUUAAAAUUUUUAGAUCUCUGUAGAAUGAAUGUGAAAUUAUUAUUAAUUUAAUGAGACAUUAGAAAUUAUUAUCCCUUUAGUUUUAACAAAUAAAAUUUUUUUAUGUGUAAAAUUAGCUUCUCCACCUCCUAAUUCAUCACUUUUUAAGAAAUUUUUCCAAUUGAAAAUUGCUUUAUAAAACUUGUUUUCAUUAUCUGAAACAGAAGCUGGAUAUUUAUUAAAAUUUUUUAGUUACAGGGUUGCUACUCCACAGGGACAACAUAGAAAAUAAAGGGAAUUUAAAAAUCACCUAAAAUAAAAGGGAAAAUGCUGGGAAUUUUGUCUUAUUUUCUUUUCUCAAAGUGCAAUCUCUCUUUGGGAUAUUUAAAGAUAGUUUAGCUACACUAUUUCAUUUAAUAUAGUUUCUUUUUUUAAAAAAAGUGUUUAUUUCCAGCAAUUAAUAAACCUUGUAUAGUUAUUCUAAUAUAGCUCGCAUAUAAGCACAGUGAUUGUGUGGUUCCUUUUAAUAUAUUGUGUGUAAUAUGUAUAGGGAAAACAUAGAGAAUUUUUUUCUCAGAUUUGAGUGGCAACCCUGUUAUAAGUUCAGAUUUUUUCCCUCUUUUAUUGAAACUAAUUAAAAUGCUUGAAAAAAUAAUGCACGAACAUAUACGUACAAAAUGAACUCUUUGUCAUUUCUAAGCUGUUGCUGCAGAUUUAUUGCUUCUUAAUUCCUUCUAAAAAUUGACUUAAUUUUGUAAAGAAAAUAAAUUUCAUUAAAAAAUUUAAGCGUUUUCAUUUUAUAUUAUACCAUGCCAUUCCAUUAUACUCAUAUUCACUUUAUAUAUAUAUAUACACACAGUAGAGCGCCAAUUAAUCUGGUCCAAUGCCGAUCUGGAUAAUGAAAAAUCUGGAUAAUUGGAGAAAUCUAAAAAAAAAAAGACUAUAAGAAAGUUUUUCAGCAACCACCCUUCACACUUUUUCCAGGCUCAGGAUUGGCAAUUGAAGUAGUGCCUAUUAUAGCAUAUUACUAGUAGUGUGUUCAAAAGUUUUAAUUUUUCAAAAAUUUUAUUAAAAACCUGUUCUUUUAUUCAAAACUACUUAACACCCAUAUUGAAACUGUGUGGAAUGAACAUGGGGUUCUUUCCAAGGUCACCAAAGGACAACCCCUUACAGUUAUUUUGAAAUUAAGGAAGCAUUUUUGCGUAAAACAAAACAAUUUUUGAACAAUCCAGUAAAAUCUGCUUUUGGAUAAUCAGCGCUCUACUAUGUAUAUAAACAUAUAUAAUUAGGUGUGUCCUUUAUCUUUUGUACAUUGUUUGGUUACAAUAUUUACUAUAUCUGAACAGUUAUAGUUCUUUAAUUUGAAAAAUAUGAUCUCUUUUGUAAUUAGUUGAUAUUAAGAAAAAGUGAAAUUUGAACUCUUAUAAUUUAGGAAGUGAGAUUUGCAUUGUUUCAAAGUGAGUGAUGUCCCUCACUUUAUAGCGACAUUUGAUCUUACCUAAGUGAAACGUCUUUUAUAUUUUGUGUAGUAUAUCAAAUUCUGAUUUCUUUGUCAUUAAAUGCUAUAUUCAGCUUAUCUUGCCUUUUUAAGUGAAGAUCAACAAGUUAGGUAUGCUAGUUGCAUUUGCCAACUGAGAGAUGUAUAAAAACUCUUCCCUUCAUCCCUAUUUUAUUGCUGUAUUUGGAUUUGUCAUGAUUGGUUGAAUAUUGUUGUAUUUUGAUUGUCAUGAUUGAAUUUGUGGUAGAACUAUAAAUUAUUAAUUUUGAUUA